AUAGUAAUAUAUACUAUGGAGCAGCUACCUGACGACAUGCUCGCCGAUGUCCUGGGCCGCCUGCCGCCCAGCAGUCUAGCGGCGUCACGCUGCGUCUGCAAGCACUGGUGCUCCAUCAUCGACGCUCGGUGCCUCCUCCGCGCCGACCUCCUCCCGCUCCGCCUCGACGCCUUCUACUGCAUCUCCGUCGACACCAUCGACAGGCUGACGUAUUUCUUCGCAUCUCCUUGGGCGGCGCGUCGAAUCCCCGGCGGCUGCCUUGACUUCUUGAAAAAUUACGAGAAUGUGGAAGUGGAGGAUCACUGCAAUGGUCUGCUCUUGAUGUAUGACAUGGUGGUCAACCCUGCCACACGCGAAUGGGCCAACUUGCCUACCUCUCCGGAACCAUCCAUUAGCGACAUGCUUGGGGUCAAGGUCUGGGCCGAUCCCACGACGGAUCAGGAUCAGGAUCAGGAGAAGGACAACCACGACUUGUUGUAUCCAAGCUUUUACCUUGUGUACGAUCCCGUGGCGGAGUCGCCGCAGCACUUUGAGGUAUUUCUUGUCCCCUUAUUAUUUGUCCAUGUUCUGCUGGACAAUCGGGAAAACAUCGCCAUCGACAUUGACGACCAAGAAUGGCCGCCAUCGACAUUGAGAAUCCACGUCUUCUCGUCGAGGAGAUGGAGGUGGGAAGUGAGGUCUUGGGUCCGCCAGGGGGAGCCUGCCGGGACCAUGGCUGAUAUGCUGCAAGACGAUUGCUGGGACCGCAAGGCCGUCUAUUUCCGGGGAGCUCUCUAUGUGCAUUGUCAAAAUGAUUCUCUCAUGAGGAUAGCCUUGUCCAAUGACAAGUACCAAAUGAUGAAACCUCCGGCAACAGGUGGCGAACUUGCUGGUAAGGUUGAUACCUUUUAUUUGGGAAAAUCAGAGAAAGGAGUAUACUCUGCCUUACUGUAUUGGGUAGGUCACUGCCUUCACCUUCGAGUCUGGAUCCUUAAGGAAGAAGAAGACAAAGAAAAUGAUAACAUGAUUCACAUGGAGUGGGUGUUGAAGACUAACAUCAGCCUUCCACCGCUGCUUGCAAAUAGUCCUCCUCAUAAUUAUCACAGCGGCUUUGCUGCUGCUGAUGAUGAUGAUGAAUGGAGGGUCAUCCGCAACUAUAAUAACAAGGAGGAAGUACCACCUGCUACUGCACAUGGCGACGAUGAUGAAUGGGACUUUGACAAUGCUGACAUUGUCCUCGAUGAGGCCAAAGAUAAUAAGCUCACUAAAGCAGACAGGCACUACUCUAUUCAGUUCAUCGGAUUUCAUCCUUACAAGGAGAUUGUCUUCUUUUACGUACCAUCUGGGGCAGUAUCUUAUAAUUUGAAUACCUCAAAGUUUCAACGGUUGGGCGCACGUAUAAGUAUACCAGUGGGCAUGAGAACCUGCUUCCCGUACAUGCCAGGCUGGAUACGGGGAUUAUUUGAAAACACUUUAUAAGUCGCUGCCUUGUAUCAAAUAUAUUUAGACUCUGUUUGAUUAUUUGGAGCUAGCAUAAUAAGCAUGUAAGCGAUGUUAAUUGACCCUCGGCACUUGCUUAUUACUAGUUGGGAUUGAUGGAUCCAGGAGUAGGUGUAGGUGUGGG